CCUCUGAAGCAACAGUGGUCGCCAUGGCAACACCGCUGCUCCCGGCAACCCCUCGCUGGGCUUCCUCUGUGGUUCUGCGGCCGGCUCUGCACUCCCAGGCUCCGGCGCGCACUGAGGGCUUCUAGAGCUUUCUGACGCAAUGAGAGACGUUGGGGAGAGUUGCUUGUGAGUGAGGACACCCCAGGCUGCACCAGACCCACCUUCCCACCUUGGCCGACUUCUCCUGGGAGCUUUCUCUGCAGGACUGAGCUGGAAGCGCCUGUCCGGGGCAAGAGUCCAUGGAGCUGGGCCACCGAACAGGAACUGCCAACCUGACCAGCGCCCCUCCGCAGGACGCGGAGCCCUGGAGAACCUCCUGCAGCUCCUUGGACGUCUCCAAGUUCAAGCACCAGGCCCCGAGCAGUGCAGGCAGCACCCUGGGGCAGGGCCACCUGGAGGAGAUCCGGCCCCCGCCCCCGACCCCCGUCAGCAGGGGUUCUCCGGGGAAGAAGGGGGGUUUCAGACCCUCCUCGAGAGAGAGUGAGGGCUCCUUGCGAGAAGAGGCGCGGCGGCAGGAAGACCCCAGCGCCAAGUCCCAGGACCAGAGCAGCCCACCCGCACCCCCGCAGGGCAGCGUCAUUCCUGACAACAUUCGCCACAAGUUCGGGAGCACGGUGGUGCAGGAGCUGGUCUCCAAGGAGCAGGCUCAGAGGGCCAUCGGCGAAGUCGCGGAGGGCCAGAGGAGGGUGAGCUCAUGGCCCAGCAGGACCCAGAGCCCCGUGGAAAUCUCCUCCAUCUUCUCGGACUACUACGAUCUGGGCUACAACAUGCGCUCCAACCUGUUCCAAGGGGCCCCCCAGGAGACUAAGAGCCUCAUGAAGGCUUCCUACACGCCGGAGGUGAUCGAGAGAUCAGUGAGGGACUUGGAACACUGGCACGGCCGGAAGACGGAUGACCUGGGGCGGUGGCACCAGAAGAACGCGAUGAACAUGCACUUGCAGAAGGCGCUGGAAGCGAAGUACGGAGAAAAGAGCAAGUCCAAGGGCGCCAAGUACUAGGUGCGCCGCGGCAGAGGCGGCCCGGCGGGCAGGAGACAGCGCAAUAAAGAGAGGCACGUGUCCGAGGUCCCCCGCUGCCUGCUGCU